UUAGACUGCUGACAAGAGUCUACAUGUAUGUGGCACCCGAUCAGGAACUCUAUCAGAUAUCUCUCAACGAUCAAGAGCGGUUGGACCACUCAAAGGUGUAUUUAUCAUUUACCACAUUCUCCCAUCUUCCAAGGAUUCACCAGACCUGUUACCAUGGCAACAUUUGAUGCAAAGGCGGUGGUCGAGCGAGGGCGGGCUGCGUUCAGAGCGGGGAAGACGCGAUCUUACGAAGCGAGGAUGAAACAUCUUUCAGACUGCCAUCGCAUGAUCCAAGAGCAUCGGCAAGACUUUAUCGAUGCCAUUCACAAAGAUCUGAAAAAGCCAGCCUUUGAAUCAAAUGCCUAUGAGAUCAUGAUGGCUGAGAAGGACCUGGUUCAGUUCAUGAACGAGUUAGAAGAUUGGAUAAAACCAGUCAAUGUGUCAACCAAUCUGAUGACCAUGGGCAAGGUGGCCUACAACAUCUGGGAGCCCCUGGGACUGUCCCUCAUCAUAGGAGCCUGGAACUACCCAUUCCAGCUCGUCAUCGAGCCCCUCGUGGGCGCGAUGGUCGCGGGGAACACCGCCAUCAUCAAACCGUCGGAGCUCUCACCCGAAACGGCCCUGCUCUACGAGAGGCUUAUUCCACAGUACCUUGACAAUGACUGUUAUCAAGUUGUGAAUGGUGAUGCUAAGAUAACAACCGAGUUGUUAGCUCAGAAGUUUGAUCACAUUCUCUACACUGGAAGUGGUGUAGUGGGGAGGAUUGUGAUGGCAGCUGCUGCAAAGCACCUGACACCAGUCACUCUCGAGCUUGGAGGAAAGAGUCCUGUGUACAUCGAUUCGGACACGGACAUCGAUACCUCUGUGCGACGGGUCACAUGGGGGCGUUACAUGAACUGCGGGCAGACCUGCGUCGCUCCGGACUACAUCCUCUGUCACUCGCGAGAUAAUGACAAGAUACUGAAAGCAUUCAGAUCGUGCAUCCAGGAGUUCUUUGGUGAUGACCCCCAGAAAAACCCUGCCUACGCUCGGAUCGUCAACCAAAGGCACUUCAAGAGAAUAUCAGCAAUAUUGGAAGGUCAGAAUAUCGCAAUCGGUGGUAAGACCGAUGAAUCUGAUCUGUACAUUGCCCCCACUGUUAUUCUGAACCCAAGCGAAACUGCUAAAUGCAUGACAGAAGAGAUAUUUGGUCCCAUCAUAUCCAUUUUCAAUGUAGAUACACUGGACCAAGCCAUUGACUUCAUUAAUGACAGGGAUAAACCACUUGCCUUGUAUGCCUUCUCCAACAACCAGAAGAUAUUAGAACGCAUUGCUCGCGAGACAUCGAGUGGAGCCUUCGUUGGAAACGAUGUUAUCAUACAUGCUGCAAUUGAGGAAAUGCCAUUUGGAGGAGUCGGUGGAUCAGGCCAUGGGGCGUACCACGGGAAGUUUUCCUUUGAGGUCUUCUCACACAAGAAACCAGUCCUCAUUGACAAGCACAUGUGGUUCACCGAAAAGGCACAGUCACUUCGUUAUCCCCCAUACACCCCUGGAAAGGCCUCCGUAGCAGAGUUCUUCCUGAAGAAAAGCCCAAAGAGGAAGGGAUUCUUCUAUACCUUCCUCAGACUAACUCUCAUCGGCUUCCUACUCGCUGUUGUUUGCAAGGCUUUUGGUGUGGACAAGUAUCUUCCCCAGGCCCUGAAGCAGUGAAUGAAACAGACGAUCGGACGAUGGGCCAAAGAAAUCCAUUGUUUUAGGAUUAAUACUCCAUGUUCUAUUAAAAGUCACUAAUUGGGACCUAAUUAAAUGAUUGAUAGAGAGUGUGACCACAGCCUCGUCUUACAAAGAAUUGCGAUUGAUUCAGUCAAUCGCGACUAUAUGGAAAUCCAUCAAUGUCAUCAUUUGUUCCUACAGGUAAAUUUGCACAAUUAUGUCUUUUGUAAACAAAGAGGAGCACACUGAAUUGUCAAGAAAACAGUGAGUGUACAUCAUAUCUAGAAGAUAUUCUGAACAGACAUGCAUUUUAGAUGUUGACGUUGCAGCAGUGUUUUCACUCUUCCCGAAAUUUCAGGAGAGUUUUUACUUUUUCCAGGAAAGGUUCGGGAAAUGAAAAAAUUCCAGGAAAUUAUGCGAAAUCUGAAAAUUAUAAUGGAACAAGAAUUAAACGUAGCAACUUUCGAUAUUCAUGUUACAUUUAAGGAAUUGUUUACCUCGAUACGUAGCUCAAAAUAUCCCGCUUGCACUCCGCGCUCGCAUUUCGUAAUUUUGUUCCUAUUUUUAAAGAGGGCGUGAACAAAAAAAUGUUAAAAUUCCUUGAUUUUGGUCACUUGGUAAAUUGGUAUUAAUGACUGGUUUUUGUCAUUUUCUGUUCUUAUAAGGAUUUAUUAUGUACAAGAAAAGAGGGGGACAUUCAUGUUAGUGACAAAAAUGUAUGAUACAGAUGCUGUUUAUUUUGUUAUAUAAUUUGUUUACAUCAAUCAAUAUAUGUGUGAAAUUUUUUUGCAGCUUCUAAAGUGUUGACUUAAAUUGGCAAUUUGGAUAAUUCAAGGGAUAAAGAGAUGCAAGUUUCCAGCCAAAAUCUGUAUUUUUGGGACUGAAAAUGUACUAUCUUUCAUGUAAUAUACUAGGUUUGUUGAUGGAUGUGAUAAAUGACUCGGAUAUGGAAUUUUAGAUGCAACUCUCUGCAUCAAAUCUUGUGGGACCAUAGUCAUCUGGGUUUUUUUUUAAAUAUCAAUCAAUAUAUGUGUUAAAAAUUUUGCAGCUUUACUAAAUAAGUAUUGACUGAAAUUGGCGAUUGGAUAUUUAAGGAACAUAAAAAGAUGCAAGUUUUCAGCCGAAAUCCGUAUAUUUGGGACAGAAUAUUUACCAUCUGUCAUGUAAUAUACUUUCAGCUUUGUUGAUGGACUUGAAAGUGACAUGGAAUUUUUUAUGAAACUCUGCUUCAAACCUUGUGGAACCAUAGUAAUCUGUUUUUUGGCUGGACUUUAAUUUUUUUUCUUAGGGGAUGGGGGGGAGAUGCAUAAAAAUUGAAGAAACUCAAAAGCGAGGAACCAAAGCGACAGAGUGUGACAUGUGAGUACUUCUGCAUUUCUUAAUGUGAAAUCGAAGGAUUCUGUGGACACGUUUGGUGAUUUUUUUUUUCCGGGGGGGGGGGGGGGGGGGGGGUGAAUUUUAAUUGAAAAACAGAUUUUUCGGACUUUCGAAGGGGCAACUGCCCCUGCUGCGUACGGCCAUGAUCUGCUUAACGUGAGUCUUGUUUGACUUGGCAAAUAGACAAUCAUGCUAUUAAUAAUCAGGGGGGCGUUUCACAAAGAUUUAAGUACGACUUAAAUGCCGAGUUGUGUGUGUCAGAAAAGGCAUGACCGCAUUGAUCAGACCAUGCCAAGAGGACGCGCACUACUGCGUCUUGAUCAAUAAGUUUGCGCAUUGCAUAUCGUGUAGGCGUUGGCAUUUAAGUGCGACUCUUGAGUCGUACUUAAAGUUUUGUGAAACAACCCCCUAGUCAGAAAAUAUGCCCUGACAUAACUCAAUGUUUUGAAAGGUCAAUUAAUGCUGACUGAACUCUAUAUGUAUAAAGAUGUGUUAUUUAGAAUGUGUGCAAUCAAAAUAUUAAUAAAUCACCAAUCUCCUAUUUAAUGUAAUGCUUAAUGUAGAUGGUUGUAUGAGUGAAUGUGCCUUGUUGGUAUGACAUAUGGUGAUGAUAUUGCCUUAAGUUUGUAUUUUAUGGAUUUUUUAUUUCCAUAUUGUCUCUGACAUAUAUACUUCUGGCGAUAAUUAACUGCCAUAGUUACAAUUAAUUGCCACUCUUGUAUGAAAUGUUGUUGCGUGCAUGAACUUCAUGUUCUUUCUGAAUUAGAUGAUUCUCAAAUUUUGUUGUAAAUCGAGUUUCAUGUAUUAUGAUGGAAAGCUAUAUUUUUAAUAUCUAUAAAUUGUCUAUUUUCUUCAAAUUUUUAUUCUUGAAGAUAAGCAAUUGUUGUCAAGAUGGAAACAAUGUGAGCUUGGACCCUAGUAGGGUCCACGGUGUGAGCAAUCAAAUUCUUGUAUCACUUAUUUUUAAGUUCAAAGCUGAGAGGAAGUUGCUACUGCACUGUAAUUUAAUCAAUGGGAUUAUGCAUUUAUUUAAGUGCACGUCGGCACAGCACAGCCUGGCACACACUACACGAUCCAUUGCAACCCGAUUUUCAAAGAAAUUGUAACAACAUUUGAUAUGUAAAUUCCCACCCAUAAAAUAUUAACAAUCAUAGUUGCGAACAGUAUGUAUAUUGAAACCAAAAUCCCAGUCUAUUUGGAGCUUUCGUGCACAAAUUAAAGCACAUUCAAUUCCAAGUCGUAAUGACGUCAUCAUCGGCUUGAAGCUGAUUUGGACUUUCCACCGACCACAAGACUUUCCGCAAAGUAGAAUUCUGAUUUUGGUAUAUCUAGCAUUAUGCCAAACUUCAAGUGAAAUGUUAAUUCUUGGAGCUUUUACUUUUAAUGCAAAGUGUGAUUUGUUGAAAAAUCGUGCUGUAUGUGUAAUGUGCGCCGUUCUUAAGAAUGACUCUAGUCAUUCACAAGUCUUUGUAAACAAAGCCUCCUUGACAGUGGUUUCACUGCCUGUGUAUAUUUGAGUUUUUAGCGGAUUAAUCGCAACUGCACAAGAUUUUGAUCGUUUAAUUGGACCGAACAGCAUGACAAUUAGAUGUAAAAUCAGAAUUUUAAACUAUCAUUUUUUUUUUCAAUUCAGCCUCAGUGGGUUUGAUUUGCUUCAGUUUUUUUAGUGGAUUAAUCGUAACUACGCAUGUAUACAUUUCAGAUGUUGAUCGUAGAAUUGGACCAAACAGCAUGACAAUCAAAUGUAAGAAUUUUAGACUAUCAUUUAUUUUGUUUUAAUUCAGCCUUAGUUGACAUAAUUGGACUUUUGUACCUUGUCAGGCGUCUGUGCGUCUCAUUAAGGCACUUCGCGUCUUUUCAUAGCGGCUCUCCUGCAUUCCCCCCUUUAAUUGUUGUGUGUGAUUAAAUGUGAGAAUUUGGUGGAUUCUCAAUACGGUGCGCCAAUGGGGUCGCAGCGGACAGGCCAAAAUUCACAAUGCCUCUUGGGAAAAUGAAAAGUGGGGCUAAGCAUAAGCCAAUCAGAGAAGUCGAAUUUGCAUGUUAAUCACGCUCUGUGUGGGAAAAUCAUCAAUAUUCAUGAGCUCUGCGAUAGUCCGGGGUUAAGGCGUUAACCCCGGCUAAGCAAAUAGCAUGGGGUUAAGAAAGACAGUGUGAAACCCCCCAAAAAAGAUAGUAUGAGGUUAAGCAAAUGCAGUGUGAAAAGCAUAUUAGAUGAAGAGGUAAAUAAACACUUUUGGCAUAUUAUGUAAUGAAGACUUGUUUCAAAUAGGAUGUUUUACUGUGCCAUGUUUCCACUGUAUUUAAAUGAAAAUGUUCAUAAUUUAUUAAAUCAAAUGAAUAAUCAUGAUCUAAUCUCUACAUUGAUUUAAUGUAAAUAAAAUAUUCACCUAUAAUUAAAAUAUAAAGAGAUUGAUUAUA